GAGUACGUUUGCACUUAAAACCAAGUGUUGGUGCAACUUAUUCGCGGUGUUUGAUAGUUAUAAUCAACUUUAUAAUCGGCUAACUGCGCUAGCCUGUGUACAUAAUAGGAAUUGUAUUGGGAAGCAGGAGCACGUUUGUUAUGAGGUGAGGUUCGCGCAGGUGUAAACACACACGAACAGACAAAACAAGACUCAGUCUCAGCCCAAAACAACACUUGAAAUGCUGGAUUUAGUUUUAUGAGGGAUUCCGAAGUGGCAGAGAUUUGAUUUAACCUCAUAACCAAGUGUAUGGAUAUAAAUAUAGCAGAUCAAUCUGCACUGAAUUUUUAAGACAACGACGAUGUUUGAGAACGUACCGACAGUGUCUGCUUCCGAGCGGCAGCAGGUGCUCCAGGCCUUGGAAAGACUUCAGUCCAAGCUCGUGCAGAGGGAAGAGUGGACCCACAGCGACAGGCUCGGCACGCUGAAGGAAGCCCUGCAGAGCCCUCUGUUCGGCCACAUCCUCACCCUGCAGCACUCCGUCAAACAGCUUAAAGACCAGUUAAACAGCUUGCCUCCGGACACAUGCACCGAGUUCAGUUUCUCCAGGAAGGGUCAGCUGAUCGUCAGUGCGAGUCGUCCGUCCAGCAGCCUGGGAUCUGUAGUGUCCAACGGUACAGCUUCAACUACCAUAUCUUCUGAGCAGCUUCAGAGAUGGUUACAUGCAGCGGCAAAGGGAAGGAAGACAGAGCUCAUCAGCCUGCAGAAGCCGUUGUCUGGAGGUCUAGGUUUCAGUGUGGUCGGCCUGAGACCAGAGGGAGUGGGCAGUCAUGGUGUUUUCGUCCGACAGGUGCAACAAGGGAGCGUCGCAGACAGGGAUGGAAGAUUGCAGGAGAAUGAUCAGAUUCUGGCGAUUAACGGGAUUCCUUUGGAUCAGAGCGUGACGCAGCAGCAGGCCAUCGCUCUUCUCCAGCAACAGAGAGACCGAGUGGAGCUGGUGGUGGCCAGAGACACUGUGCCCAAACCCAGACUCUCUACAUCUGGACCCGCUCAGACGGAUCAGUGGGGACACGUGGAGGAGAUCGAGCUGGUGAACGAUGGAUCCGGCCUGGGAUUUGGGAUCGUCGGAGGAAAGGAAACGGGAAUGGUGGUCAGGACCGUGUUGCCAGGCAGCGUGGCCGAUAGGGACGGGAGGCUGAGAACAGGUGAUCACAUCCUGCGGAUCGGUGAGACGUCCACUCGAGGUUUGGCUAGUGACCAGGUGGUGCAGGUGCUGCAGGCCUGCGGUACCCAUGUGAGGAUGCUAAUCGCACGGGACCCUCUGGGGGCGGCCCAGCCUCCGCCUCCACCUCCACCUGCCCCCACUGCCGCUCCAGUCACCUCCCUGCCACCUCCACCUCCUGUGCCAUCCCGCAGGGGCAGCAAAACGCCGAAUUUGGAGGGCUACGAAAUCCAUGAAGUUGCGUUAAAAAAGAAAGAAGGCCAAAGCCUCGGGAUCUCCAUAAUCGGAUACAACGCUUUGACCACUAAGGAUGCGGUGGGGGUCUUUGUGAAGAACGUGGUUCCAGGCAGCGCCGCUGAGCAGAGCGGGAAAAUCCUUGUCCACGACAGGAUAAUAGCAUUGGAUGGCGUGAACCUCCAGGGAUUCACCAACCAGGAAGUCCUGGAGGUAAUGAAGCGGACGGGUGAUAUCGUACACCUUACCCUUAUUAGGAAGAUCAACUCGCCCAAGAGGACGGCCGUAGAAAAAUCGCUAGAUAAAGUCCAGAGAGAGUCGUCGCGUGUGUCUCUAAAGAGAUCGUCUGAGAUCAAGGCGCGGGCGGAUGUUCAGAGGGGCUCUGUGGUGGAGUCUAUGGACCCUGCUCUGAGUGGGAUCAAACAACAGCUGCAGGGAAAUAUGCAAGAGCCGGCCCCGCUGACGGAGAUGGAGCUUCGCGCUAAAUGGGAGCAGGCUCUCGGUCCACAUUACGAUGUUAUGGUUGUACAGCUUGACCCUGUCAUAGAUGAUGAUAUUGAGCUGCAGAAGUACUCCAAGCUUCUCCCAAUACACACAAUGCGCUUAGGCGUGGAACUAGACUCUUUUGAUGGACACCACUACAUUUCCACAGUUGCUCCUGAAGGCCCAGUAGCAAAACAUGGGCUGCUUCGACCAGAGGAUGAACUUCUGGAGGUGAAUGGCGUGCAGUUAUAUGGGAAGUCCAGGCGAGAGGCUGUUGCGUUCCUCAGAGAGGUUCCUCCUCCCUUUACUUUGGUUUGCUGUAGACGCCUCGCUGAAGAGGGCAGUGAAUACCAGCCUGAAUCUGAAGAGUGGCACUCAUCCAGCCCCUCAUCCAGCCUACAGGAGCAGAUUGAGAAUAACCUCUCCAUGUUUGCCAAAGAUACAAGUCUACGCGACAGCAUGAGGGAAGAGUUUCAGGCCCGUCAGGCUUCAGCAGUGGAGCGAGAGGUUAGCGAUGAAGAAGAGCCCCUAGAGCCAAGCGUUCCUGAAAGAGAGCAGAUGGAUGAGGUGAAGAAUGAUGAAGAAGAUGAAAAUGAAGAAGAGGAGGAGGAUGAAGGGGAACUUGCUCUGUGGUCUCCAAAUGUGCAGGUUCUAGAAUUAGAGAAAGGAGAACGAGGUCUCGGCUUCAGCAUACUAGACUACCAGGACCCUCUGGAUGUUGCGCGCUCUGUGAUCGUCAUCCGCUCUGUGGUGCCUGGAGGGGUGGCGGACAAUCACGGCGGGCUUCUCCCGGGUGACCAGCUGGUUUUCGUCAAUGACACUCAUCUAGACACAUGCUCUCUGGCCCAGGCUGUAGAGGUUCUCAAAUCCGCCCCGCCUGGGAAAGUCUACCUUGGAAUCAGGAAACCGCUGGUGCCAGAGGACAGAGGUAGUGGGCAGCAGUCUUCUUGGCCUGUAGAGGGCGCCGAUGAGCAACCAGCACCAAAACAGGCCGUCGCUCUCCCAUCUAUGCAAGAGGACUUUGGAAGCGGCUCUGUCUCAUCUGACGAUCUGGAUGAGGAACCAGAGCUUAUCCUGGACGCUGAGCCUCGUUACGCCUCUCCCCUCACCACCGUUGACCUCCUGCCCGGCCUGGAGCGAGAGAUGGCUGUAGAUGAAGAUAAAGAUGAUGAAGAGCAAGAGAUGGACACCAUGAUGGAUCAAGAGAUCUCCAAGGUCAAGGGCGACAGUCUGCCUUCAUACUGGAGUGAGAAGACUCGCUCCUGGGAAGAACCAACAGCAUCCAGCCCCUACCAGUUCAACUCUGAACCUGAUACACAAGAACAGUUUAUAGAGUUGGAAAAUGAGCUUUCCACAAGCUUCGAGAAGAUGCAGCUCCCGCAAAUUCCCCUCAGUCAGUCUGACACGUGGAUAGAGGCUGCAGACAGCGAGGCGGACUCUGACUCCAGAAACGAAGGCUCAGAGCUUACCUUGACCGACACCGACACUGAAUCUGCACAGCGCACUUCCUCUCGCAGCAGGAAGAGAAGAAACCAGGGGGCUACUGGUUCAGUCAGAGAAGACCACAGUGAUCUGCCUGAAAGAGAGGAGGGAGAAGGUGAAGAGACGCCUGCGUUCAGUCACUGGGGUGCACCACGCAGAGUGGAGGUGUGGCCAGAGCCGCAGGAGUCUCUGGGUAUCAGCAUAGUGGGCGGCCGCACCGUUAUUAAGAGGCUGAAGAACGGAGAAGAACUGAAGGGCAUUUUCAUCAAACAGGUGCUGCCAGACAGCCCAGCUGGACGCACGGGUGCCCUUAAAACAGGAGACAAGAUCUUACAGGUUUGUGGAGUGGAUUUGCAGAACGCCAGCCAUGAGGAGGCAGUACAGGCUAUCAAAGCGGCGUCCAGUCCUGUGGUCUUCAUCGUGCAGAGCCUGUCCUCCACUCCACGGCCUGCUUCAGUGACGGCCCCCAGCAUUAGACAGCACAAGGCUAAGAGGAAAGCCGCCCAGCAGAAAACAGGACAGACCGGUGGCCCUCCACCCAUGCGCCUCCCGCCACCCUACAGACCCCCCAGCCAAGUGCAGGAGGAGGAGCAACAGGAAGAGGAAGAGAGGGAGGAUGAGGAGCAAGCUAAAGAGGUGAUCAGGCAGAGGUACGCGGACCUGCCGGGAGAGCUGCUGAUUGUGGAACUAGAAAAAGACCGGAAUGGCUUGGGCCUCAGUUUGGCUGGGAACAGGGAUCGCUCCUGCAUGAGCAUCUUCGUGGUGGGGAUCACCGCCGGAGGGCCGGCCAGCCGAGACGGACGCAUCAGAGUGGGCGACGAGCUGUUAGAGAUAAACAACCAGGUGUUGUACGGCAGGAGCCACCAGAACGCAUCGGCCAUAAUAAAAAGCGCUGCGUCAAAGGUCAAACUCGUCCUGGUCAGGAAUGAAGAUGCUAUCAAUCAAAUGGCUGUCGCUCCUUUUCCAUCCCCACCUUCCUCAUUCUACUCCAGUGAGAUGCAUCAAAAUACGCCAGCACUUCCAGCUCCAGCAGAGAAGCCACAGUUACCCGAAAGCCUUCCCCUGAGCAGAAACUCACCUGAGCCGCUAAUAAUCAAGGAUCAACCCAGCGUGGUGCAACCUGUGAGCUCCACACAGACAGAUCAGGUGCAGAAGACAUUCAGAGAUGGAGAGUCAGCCUUAAAGAAGCUGAAAUCCUCAGAGAAGAUAUUAGAGUCUCCAAGCGAACAGUCACCCAAGCCACUUGUGGAGCAGAUCACCAGUCUUCCAAAAAUCCAGAGGAAUUCCACCAAGCCCUCGGUUGGUUCUCUGGAAGUCACGUCCUCGGGAUCAUCCGUGCCCGUUUCCGGCACCAGCCCUGAUUUUGAGUACUGCAGCAAAGACCCUGCUACAUGUCCCAUAGUUCCAGGACAAGAGACGGUUAUUGAGAUUUCUAAAGGCCGCUCUGGACUGGGUCUCAGUAUAGUCGGCGGCAAAGAUACUCAACUGGAUGCCAUAGUGAUCCAUGAAGUGUACGAGGAGGGGGCGGCAGCACGGGACGGUCGUCUGUGGGCCGGAGAUCAGAUUCUCGAGGUGAACGGGGUGGAUCUGCGGAGCGUGGCUCACGAAGAUGCAAUAGCUGCUUUACGGCAAACGCCGGCCAAAGUGCGGUUGACGGUCCUGCGCGAUGAGGCGCAAUACAGGGACGAGGAGAACCUCGACGUGUUUCGUGUUGAACUUCAGAAGAGAACUGGACGUGGGCUGGGCUUGAGCAUCGUUGGGAAGAGAAACGGUAAGGGUGUGUUCAUCUCGGAUGUGGUGAAGGGAGGAGCGGCUGAUCUUGAUGGCAGACUGAUGCAGGGUGAUCAGAUCUUGUCUGUGGAUGGAGAGGACAUGAGACAGGCCUCACAGGAGACCGUUGCCGCCAUUCUCAAGUGCGCCAGGGGCAAGGUGCUGUUGGAACUGGGCCGACUGAAGGCUGCCUCCUGGAUCUCUUCCAGACGCACCUCCCAGGGAAGUCAGAUGAGCCAUGUGAGUGCCAACAGCAGCACCCCGACACCCACGCUCCCUGCGGUGGCACUGCCCCUGCCCCCCUCUCAAACCCUCAACAACAACAGCCGAAACAUCACCGAGCCCAACAGCAAAAGCACAGAACCAGGCGUUCGGACAGUGGAGAUCACACGGGGUCCCACCGAUGCUUUGGGUGUCAGUAUAGCGGGCGGUAAGGGUAGUCCGCUGGGCGACAUUCCUAUCUUCAUCGCCAUGAUCCAGGCCAACGGCGUAGCUGCCAGGACACAUCGCCUCAAAGUAGGUGACAGGAUUGUGAGCAUCAACUCUCAGUCUCUGGAUGGCUUGACUCAUGGGGACGUUGUAAAUAUGCUGAAGAAUGCUUACGGCACCAUCGUCCUCCAGGUGGUUGCCGACACCAACAUCAGUGCAAUAGCAAGUCAGGUGGAGAGUUUGUCCAGCAGCUCCACCCCCAGCACCAAUCCAGAGGUCCGGCCGGUGGAACCAGAGACGCCUAAGCCAAAGACCAUCACUCUGGAGAAGGGCUCAGAGGGGCUCGGCUUCAGCAUCGUCGGCGGCUUUGGGAGUCCGCAUGGAGAUCUUCCCAUCUACGUCAAAACUGUCUUCAGCAAGGGGGCAGCGGCGGUGGAUGGGCGUCUGAAGCGCGGCGACCAGCUGCUGUCGGUCAACGGAGAGAGUCUGGAGGGCGUCACACACGAGCAGGCCGUGGCCAUCCUGAAGAAGCAGCGAGGAAGCGUCACGCUGUCCGUCCUCUCCUAACACACACACUAAGGACUACAUCUACUGAAAAACACACACAUUCCAUUCACACGUCUUAAGAGACACUUUACAUCAGCAACGGCCGUUAUUCGGCCACCUUACUUCCUGAUACGGAGACCGUUUGCACUCGAUUGUUUCAACUCCGCCCUGCUACUGUUUGUGCACCUGGUAUCAAAUCAAUCAGAGAAAUACUCAUAAAGGGAAAUUAUCGUAUCGUCUUUGUCUUAGUCUUGAACAUGUAGAGUCUUCGUUGGUGACUGAGCGGGUGAAUUAUGGGGCAAUAUUUUGAUAAAAUGAGUGCUGGUAACUCAAAACCAGAAGGCAAAAUUACAGUAGCAGACGCAAGACACACUAACACACACGGUACACAUAAAACAACUUCUAAUGUGGUUGUCCUGAUCAUUUUUUUAUUAAAACACAUAAGUACAUGACCUACUGACAAACCAGCCCUAUUUUCAAUAAAUCGGAUAAAUUGUAUGUAGUAGAUGAAUUCAUGGAUGAGCGUUAAAAAGGGAUGACACAUGUGCCUUGGAACGGGCGGAUCAGAUUGUACUGGGAUGUUUUGUUUAGCUAGUAUUAGAUCGUUAGAAACAUUUCAAUCAGGUUCUUUACGUUGCAGGGUAGCUUUGUGAAUAUUUCAAGAAAUAGUUCACCGAAAUAUGAAAAAACAACCCUGAUGUUGCUCCAAACCUGUAUUACAUUCUUCUUCUGUGGAGCUUAAAAUGAGAUAUUUCGCAGAAUGUUCAUGCUGCUCUUUCCCAUAUAAUGAAAGUGGAUGGGGAAUGUUUUUUCCAGUCAGAAAUGCCAACAGUAACCAUAAAAAUAUCACAGAAGUUGUUCAUUUGACUCAUUCACUACAUUAAGUUUUAUGAAGUCGCGCGAUAGUUUUGCACAAUAAACAAACCAAGAUUUAAGUUGAAUUUCACUGAAAAUCGUUAAGUAAAAUUUCAGACAAUUCUUCACAGAAAGGUUUUUUGCGAUUCAGAAAUGCCAGCAAUAAUCGUAAAAAUAUCAUAAAAGUUGUUCAUAUGACUCGUGCAUUACAUUUUAUGGAAUCGUACAAUACUUCAGCGCAACAAACAAACCUACAUUUAAGUUGAUUUUCACUUAAAAUCUUCACUAUGAGGAACAUUUUGGACAAUUCUUCACACAAAGUUUAAUAUCACUCAUUUUUCAUGUAAAAUUUUAUGUGGAAUGUAAAAUUAGAUGUUUUGCAGAUUGUUCAUGCUGCUCUCUUCCAUAUAAUGUAAGUGGAUGAGGACUGGAGUUUUGCGAAUCAGAAAUGCCAACAAUAACUGUAAAAAUAUCACGAAAGUUGUUCAUAUGACUCGUGUACUACAUGAAGUCGAACAAUAGUUUUGCACGAUAAACGAAUGGAAAUUUCAGUUGGAUUUCACUAAAAAUCUUUCCUUUAAGUAAAAUUUCAGACAAUUAUUCACACAAGGUUUUAAUGUUAGUCAUUUUUCAUGUAAAAUGUUUGUGAAAUGUAAAAUUAGAUGUUUUGCAGAAUGUUCACUCUACUCUCUUCCAUACAAUAAAAGCAGAUAUAGACUAGACUUUUUGCAAUUCAGAAAUGCCAACAAUAAUCGUAAAAAUAUCGCAAAAGUAGUUCAUAUGACUCAUGCACUACAUUUUAAAUUUUAUUAAGUCGUAUAAGUUUUGCGUGACGAACAAACCAAAAUUUUAUUUUUGCUUAAGAUCUUGCUUUUAAGUCAAAUUUCAGACAGUUCUUCACACGAAGGUAUUAUUUUAGUCAUUUUUUUUUUGUAAACUUUUUGUGGGAUGUAAAAUUAGGUGUUUUUCAGAAUGUUCACGCUGCUCUUUUUCAUAUAAUGAAAGUGCAUGGGGACUGGAGUUUCUGCGGAUUAGAAAUGGCAACAGAAUCUGUAAAAAUAUCACAAAGUUGUUCAAAAAGUUGUUCACAAAGUUGUUCAAAUGACUCAUGCGCUACAUUUUAAGUUUUAUGAAGUUGUACAAUAUUUUUGUGCGACGGAGAAACUGAAAUUCAAGUCGAUUUUCACCUAAAAUCUUCCCUGUAAAUAAAAUUUCAUACAGUUCUUCACACAAAGAUAUUGUUAGUUUUUUCAUGAAAAAUUUUAUGUGGAAUGUAAAAUAAGAUGUUUUGCAGAAUGUUCACACUGCUCUCUUCCAUAUAACAAAAGUGGAUGGGGACUGGACUUUUUGCAAUUCGGAAAUGCUAAGCAUAACUAUAAAAAUAUCUAUUAAAAUGUUGUUAAUAUGAUUCAUGCACUACAUUUUAAAUUUGAAAAAGUCAUACAAUAGUUUUGCGCAAUGAACUAACCCAAAAUUAAAAUUUCAGACUGUUUUUCAUGCAUUGUAAGUCAUAUUUCAACUAUAUUUCAACUCUUUCUCUGAAAUUAAAAUAUCAUACAAUUCUUUACACAGAGCUAUUAUUUUGCUUUAGGAGUUUAAAAAUAGCGCACAAGAUGUAUUUUUUGUCAUUUUUGGAGUGCCAGUCCCCAUUCACUUUAAUUGUAAGGAAAAGAGCAGCUUUAGCAUUCUUCAAAAUAUCUAUUUUUAAGUUCUACAAAAGAAGUUAGUCAUAUGGGUUUGGAACAACAUAAUGAAAAUUCUGAUUUUUGAGUGAACUAUUCCACUCUAUUAUGUCGCUGAAGUGUAUUGAGAUUCACAGAAAUGCAUAACUUAGUUUUUUGUUAUUCCAUUUGUAAUUCAAUUGCACACGUCUAUCAUUUCACUGUAAAUAUGUAAUUUAUUCCCUUUUUUAGGGUGUUUUUGCAUCGCUUUUGUCUUUAUGAAGAUGUCUCGCACAUCCUAGUUUGACACUGUGUGUGUCUGUGUGUCACAAUGUGAGGAUAUCCUGUGUCAGUCUCUCUCCUAGAGGAAGUGUAGCAGGCUCUUCAGAGACUAUCAGGGCUCUCCAGGUUGUAGACAGCAUGUGGAAGCCUCGUCCAGACCGUCUCCUCCACUAGGAUUUCGUAAGCACAUCCUCAUAACGAUGCCUCUUGAAUUUUCGUGCCAUGUGGACAGUGUAUUUUGAACUGUCCAGCGCUAUGUCCCUUUAAAAAGAUUGCCUGUAUCUCCUAUGCCUGUCUUCCCCUUUCUCCUUAAAAGAAAUGCAACGCCCCCAAGUCUGCUACCUUAUGCUAGAUCUUCGCAUUUGGGCUGUGAACCACAAAAACCGGCUUGAAUCAUGUCGAUUCUUCAGCUGACUCGAGUAGUAACACCUUUAUAUCUGCCAUUUUUCUGUCAGUGUAAUGUUUUUAAAGUCCAAAGAAACCAUUUAGUUAAAUUCAUACAAUAGAUACAGAUCCAAGCCUGAAAUAAAGCUGAUUUAUUAACAUUUGCAAAACAAAUAAGUGGUCAUUAUGGUCUGUGACUUUAUUUUGGACAAAUAGAAUUUAUCUAAUGUGUCAGAAAAUAAAGUUAUUUUCAUUUUAAGUGUC